AUGAAUAUAGACGUGGAAAUCAGUCGGAGUUUCGGCCACCAGAAGACUGCAUGGCAGAAAAUAAAGUCAGCAUCACAGAAGACUAUUGAGCUGAAGACCCACUUGGACCUUAAUAAUCUCCACGGCCUCUCAGACGCCAUGCUCGGCCAUGUGUCUACAAUGACGCACAUGAAGAGCAUUAUCUUGGAUUCUAGCUCAGGCUUCAGUGCAGAGGGCAUCAAGCACCUCUACAGGCUGCCACGGCUGGAGCUGCUAAGCCUCAGAAGCACAGGUGUCUCAAACUGUGCUCUGGAAGGCAUUGGGUCCUUGACCAGUCUCGAGAAACUCUAUCUCUGGAAGACCAAUGUGACCGAUGCUGGUCUGCCACACUUGACAGCUCUGCCCUCUCUCAAACUGUUGUGGCUUUCUGAAUGCAAGGGCGUGACAGAUGAUGGUAUGGUGCAUGUGGGGAGGCUGACAGGGCUUGAGAACCUUGGUCUAGAUUCCACGGCAGUCACGGAUGAUGGGCUGCAGCAGCUGACUGCCCUGACCAAGCUGACAACUCUCUGGCCGCCAGAAGGAAUGUGGAUUAAGGACAAUGGCAGGGAGGUACGAAGGCGAUUAGACAGAAAAGGUGGCAAGGAGUGA